AUGGCGUCUUUACCAGCACCUCUGACCUCUACCGCCGAGCAUUUCAAUUUCGCGACAGACGUCGUGGACAAAUGGGCACACAUCGACCCCAACCUGCGCGCGAUGCUGUGGACGACGGCCGGCCCUCGCGGCAAUUCCCCCCCUCGCACAUUCACCUAUCGCUACUUUCGAGACCAGAGCCAUCGGGCUGCACACCUGUUGAGAGACCUUGGCGUCCAAUGUGGAGAUCGGUUGAUGAUCGUCUCGAACAGAGUACCCGCAUGGUGGGAGGAAAGUCAUCUCGACUCCUAUAAUACAUCCGAUGCCGCGAUACGGUCUGGGGUUGUCCUCUGUCCGUGUACCGUGCUGGCGACACCCAAAGAUAUCGAGUACCGUGUUCAAGCCUCGCAAUGUACCAUCUUCGUUGGUAAUCGAUCGACCAUCAGUGCUUUCCUCGGAGUCAGGUCAAGAUGUCCCAGUGUGCGAGUCAUCUUGCAGGUCGACGGCGAACCGCACGAAGACGCGGUCCAGUAUCGGCAAGCCUUGGAACAGACGUCUUUGCAGGAUUUCAUCGGGCCCAAGACCACAUGGUCGGACCCUUGCAUCAUCUAUUUCACAUCCGGGACCACGGGCCUGCCCAAAAUGGUGCUUCAUAACCAGGUCUCCUACCCCUUAGCUCAUGCUUCAACUGGUAAAUAUUGGUUGGAUCUGGAUCAAAGCAAAGUCUUUUGGACGCUGGCCGAGCAGGGAUGGGCCAAAGCAGGAUGGUCAUGGUUCGCGACCUGGAACAUGGGCGCCACAUUGUUCAUCCAAGACGACCGAGGGGCGUUUUCUCCCCAGUCGCUGAUCGACACGCUCGCCGAGUACGACAUCACCACUCUCUGUGCGCCGCCGACCGCGUAUCGCCAGCUCGUCACCCCGGAUAUGCAGGCGUACUUUGCGCAGAGGAGACCUAGAGCUUUGCAACAUUGCGUUAGCGCGGGAGAGCCACUGAAUCCCGAGGCUGUGAAUGUGUGGAAAGCCAUGAGUGGGAUUGAAAUCAAGGACGCGUAUGGUCAAACCGAGACGACCAUGGCUGCGGGGAAUUUCGUUGGUGUCAAGGUGAAGCUGGGCAGUAUGGGCAAAGCCACGCCCGGCGUGCCGCUCGACGUGAUUGACGAGCAGGGCAACAUUGCCCCCGACAACACGGAAGGUGACCUCGCAGUCAAAGUGGUGGACGAACACGGCCGGAGGACCAAGGGUGUCUACGACGGAUACAUUUCGAAAGACGGUCAGGUGAGUCGGGCUACCAGAGUGUCGUCGUCGUCAUCAUCGUCGCUGUCAUCGCGAAGUCGACCAGGCAAGUACGCGGCGGAAUGGCAUAUUACUGGGGAUCGAGCGUAUCGCGACGCAGACAGGUAUCUUUGGUUUGUAGGCCGAUCCGACGACGUGAUCAAUUCGAGUGGCUACAGGAUUGGCCCCUUUGAAGUCGAAUCCGUCCUGAAACAGCACCCGGCCGUACUCGAGUCCGCCGUCGUGGCCUCCCCGGACGCCAACCGCGGCGAAGUGGUCAAGGCCUUUAUCGUGCCGACCCAGGACUACCGAGACCGCGCGUUCGCCCCCGAAACCGCGGCCUCGCUGAUCCGCGCAAUUCAGGAUUUCUGCAAGAAGGAGGCCGCGCCGUACAAGUACCCGCGCAAGAUCCAGUUCGUUGAGCCGGCGUUUUUGCCCAAGACCACGAGCGGGAAGAUCCAAAGGGGGGUUCUGAGGAGGAUGGAAAAUGCGGCGGCGGCGGCGAAGACGAUGCGGGGAUCGCAUGGCGGUGCGAAGUUGUGA